AUGAACAAUCAUGAUGAGAACGUGAACAAUGUGGCAACCAAUAAUGAUGAUGGACAUACCAACUACACUGAAGCCGUGAAUAUCGAUGGAGAUCAAGGUAGUGACAAUGAGCAUGCAAAUGGUCAUGAGGCGCAACACAACAACGUUCAUCGAGUACCAAGAAUGAGACGAGAGCGCAUUCACUACAAUGUAGCUAGAGAUUUCCAUGAAGAAAGGGGGGUCCAAGAUUUUCAAUUGCCCUCACCAAUAACAUGCCCAUACUGUACAUCAUUGUUAUUCCAUCGAGAGACCUUCAGUUUGUGUUGCAUGAAGGGAAAUAUUGAAUUAGCCCUAAUACAGUCUCCUCCUGAAAUGGUCCGGCUAUUUUCAGACCAAACUGAUGAGAGUAAAAAAUUCAGACAAAAUAUUAGAGCCUACAACAACGUGUUUGCAUUCACUUCAAUGGGUGUACAUCUUGAUGAAACAAUUAACGUCCAAGGUCGUGGACCUUAUACCUUUCGUGCUCAAGGUUCUAUAUAUCAUAAAAUCGGUGGUCUGGUACCGGCGGACGGGAGAAGACCAUGGUAUCUACAAGCUUAUAUAUAUGACACCGAGCAUGAGCUUCAGAAUCGAUUGUCUGAAAGUGAAGUUUUAGAGGGGGGUAUAGUGGAAAAAAUUCAACAGAUACUUAAUGAACACAAUCCCUUCGUUCAAACAUUUCGAAGUCUGGGACAACGUCAAGAUUUGCCUAAUUGCAAGCUCAUCAUAAGAGAACAACCUUCUGAUCGUCGCCAAUACAAUUUACCAACUGCAUCACAAGUUGCGGUUGUUAUUGUAGGAGGUGAUGACAUCAGUCCAAAUGGAAGAGAUUUCAUUGUACAAACAAUAAGCAAACGACUUCAUACCGUCAAAGACUUGGUUGGAUAUUAUGAUCCAAUGCAGUAUCCAUUAUUAUUGCCUUAUGGAACAUAUGGAUGGGACAUCAAUAGUCGUGGAAAUAACGGAAAGGAAAUGACAUGUUGCGACUACUACGCAUAUAUGUUACAGAUGCGCAAAGGUCAUGAAAAUCCUCUACAUAGAGGAGGGCGUCUCUUACAACAGUAUGUUGUAGAUAAUUAUGUAAAAAUUGAAUCACAAAAGCUCAGAUGGCUUCUUAAUAAUCAAGACAAAUUUCGGACAGAUGUUCGUCAGGGGCUUGAAGACUCUCUACAUUCAGGAGAAAACAAUGCAGGUAACGUUGGUCGUAGAACAAUUUUACCAUCAUCAUUUAUUGGAAGCCCACGUGACAUGUACCAGCGAUAUCAAGAUGCAAUGGCUUUGGUUCAAAAAUAUGGGAGGCCAGAUCUUUUUAUCACCAUGACAUGUAACCCAAAUUGGGAAGAAGUUAAAAGUCAACUGCUCCAAGGACAAGUGCCACAAGAUCGCCCUGAUCUGGUCACUAGGCUUAACAACCCUGAUGAAUAUGAUCGCAUUGUUAAAGCUGAAAUACCAGAUCAGAAUGAAGAGCCUCGACUAUAUGAUGCAGUGUGUACACAUAUGAUUCAUGGCCCAUGUGGACCUCUCAAUCCACGAAAAUCAUGUAUGAAAAAAGGCACUUGCAAUAAGGGUUACCCAAAAUCAUUUGCGAAUUUCACAGUGCAAGGCGAAGAUGCAUAUCCUGUGUAUCAAAGACGACCAAACCGACAACCAGUAUAUUUGCGUGGUCGAGGAAAUAUGACUGUGGAUAACCGCUGGGUGGUUCCCUACAACCCAUGGUUGUUAUUACGAUAUAAUUGUCACAUCAAUGUCGAAGUAUGCGGUAGUAUAAAGAGUGUCAAGUACUUAUAUAAGUAUAUCUACAAAGGUCCUGACAGAGUGUCACUUGAGGUGCAGUCCAACCCAGAGUUCGAUGAAAUUAGCCAAUUUGUUGAUGCAAGGUGGGUAUGCGCACCUAAAGCUCUAUAG